UGCCAUCUGUAUGUGGCACGUUGGCAACCAUGUGGUUUUCACUUCUCACGGGCCCGGCUGGUGAAAGGAUUAAAAAGCAUAAAUAAAAUGAACAAAAAUUGUUGAAAAAAGAGGCACAAACAGCAGCAAACAGCAUCCUGUAGGUUGCACUUUUUGCAGGACACUGUUAUGCAUGGUUGGCAUCUAGCCCUGCCUCGAUCAGAAGAAAGUGACAAACAAAAGGAUUGAUUGCGAGGAAAAUUCGUCGCCAUCCUCUGCAUCGCAAGAAUUACCCUUGCAAAAAAGUGAAAACGUUUUCACUGGGAAUACUCUCUAACUUAUUGUGCCAGUUAACACGAUGACCGUUUAGGACACGUUGACGGAAGAAUUUUUCUAUGUAUAUAUGAUGAGUUGAUAGAUUUAACUCACACAAAAUGAAGAUCCACUGUUACUUUUUACUGGCCGCACUUGGCCUGUGCUUUGCGCCAGAGGUCGGAGCUUGGGGCACCGACGAGAUGGAGCUUUUUGACCUAGUCGAGGAAGUGAAUACUAAUUUUUACACCAUGUUGGGAGUUUCACAGGACGCUGAUACCAAAGAAAUUAAAAAAGCAUUCAGGAGACUGUCUUUAGUUCUGCAUCCAGACAAAAACGAUGCCCCUGAUGCAGAAGUAAAAUUUCGUCAGUUAGUCGGUGUGUAUGAGGUACUGACAAACCCUGAAAGAAGACAGCGUUACCACGAGGUGCUCGAGUUUGGUCUUCCGGACUGGAGGAGCGCCGUCUACUAUUACCGACGAGCCCGAAAAAUGGGUCUCCUUGAGAUGACUGUGAUUCUUUUUAUGACCUUAACCAUCGGCCACUACGCUGUUCUAUGGGCUGCUUAUGCUGAGAAAAAAUACACAAUUGAGCAAAAUUUGAAUGCAAAAAAUAAGAAGACAAAUAAGAAAGUGAAAAAAGGAAACUCUCCAGAAGAAGAACUUGACUGGGAAGAAUUCGGUCUGGAGAAACCUACUUUGUACAAACUUCUUCCCAUCCAAACUGUGAAGUUUGUUUAUUUUGUGGUGACUGGCUUGCCGCAAUUGUGCAGAUUCAUAAAUGAGCUUUGGGAGGAAAGGAAGAGGAGAAAACUGGAGGAGGAGGAGCUGGCAAAUGAGGAGUCUAGCGAGGAAGAGGAGCCAAAAGAAAAGAAGCCUAGAAAGAGAAAAACGUUCCAACCUCCUGAAGUGACUUACGACGAGGGCGAAUAUCCUCAGCCAGAAAUGCCAAAUGGUGCAGCGCCGGUUGAAGUUAAAAAACCUUCCCGGCCUCCCCCGGUUGUAGGUGGGCUCUGGACGGAUGACGACUUUGCAGAGCUGGCCAAAUUGUGUAAAAAGCACCCUGGCGGAACCCCAAGCCGGUGGGAGAAAAUCGCUGAGUGCAUGAAUCGCACAGUCCCUGAGGUCACCCACAUGGCCAAGAAGGUCAUCGAAGACUUGUCCAAAUAUACCGUUGUUGAAGAGGAGCCAACACCUGAAGUGGAGGCUGUCCCUAAAAAAGUCAAAACUAAGGGUGGGAAACUUGGCAGUGCGGAAGAGAGCGGGGCCGAUUCUGGAAAGUGGUCUCAGCAGCAGCAGAAGGCCUUGGAAGCCGCCCUGGCAAAGUUUCCGAAGGGAACCUCUGAACGCUGGGUCAAAAUUGCCAAAUGUGUUCCUGAGAAAACGAUGGAAGAGUGCAUGGCGCGUUUCAAGUACCUGGCUGAGAUGAUAAAGAAGAAAAAGGCUUCCCAGGACACUGAUGGACAGGACGACCAGCACAAAGAUAAUGAAGAAUCUGUUGAUGUCCAGCAGGAGUAAUAAAAAUAAGGUUUGAAACGCAUGGAUCUUUUUA